UUAAAAAUCAGUACGAGGACAAUCAGGAGAGUCGAGGAGGCCGCGCUUGACCCUCAGCCUGACACUGUCGCACAGGCCAAACGGCGAGAAGAGAAAAGACAGCGAGAACCAAACCUAAUCCUGCCGACUGCUGUCCCCCAAACUUAACUGAUACCUUCACUUAACGGCGCGCAGGACAAGUCCCCCGCGCGGCCAUGCCAGCGAUGUCGCGGUGGCCGCCGCCGAAGGAAUGAGACGCAUACCGGGAUGCACCCGCGAUGAUGGCAGCGUAGGACAGGGAGGCCUUGAGCUGACGGAAGAUCCUGAGACGUCUUGCGAGGCCGAGAGACCAUCCAGCGCUGCCGUUUCCUUGUUCGCCGAGCGAUCCGCCAGCCACCACAGAAAGCGCAACGCAUCGUCCUGCAAGAGGCCAUCAGUGCUGGCGAUGAUGGGAAGAAAGGCCUUUGGCGGGACGUGUUGAGCAUAUGCAUUACGAUGCCCUCGGAUCUUCCGCUGUGCUGCCGCUUGCAGUUUGCUCCGAGCGAGGUCCGGU